AGCAGCAGCCCGGUGCUCCGGAGCUCCAGGAGCGGUCGAGCUCCUCACCCGCCGCCGCUUCUCUUUCUUCCUCCUCCAGAGAGAUGGCAGCGACCAAAGCGGAGCUGCUUCUCUCCGCCCUGCAGAUCUCCGACCCUCUGGCCGGCUUCCCGCCGCCUCUCUCCCCGCUGGACGGUCACCCGAAGCUGGAGGAGCUGCAGAUGCUGCUCCAGACCGCCGCGGCGGGAGGAUCGUUCCUGCCCGCGUCGGCAGCGGAGGGAGCCGGCCUGCUGAGCGGAGAGUCCGGGGAGUACGGAGACUGUCUGUCGGAGCUGGUGGACCUGCAGAGCCUCCCCCCGCUCACCCCCCGCCUCACCCCCCUGGCCUACAGCGGCCGCUUCACCUUCGAGCCGUCGGCGUCCGGCGGCGGCGGCGGCGGCGGCCUGUGGCCGGAGUCGCUCCUCAGCCUGCUCACGGGAUUGGUCAGCGUGACGACUCCUCCCCCCAACACCUGCAGCCUGUCUUCCUCUGCAUCGUCAGUGACGUCAUCAGUGACAUCAUCGGCGUCACUGUCCCAGCCGAGCUUCAGCUGCGUCUCCGCUGAUGUCAGCUCGGUCUUCUCUGCGACGCCGACGUUCACCUCGGCCUCCGGCUGUGACCUCCUCCUCCCCCCCGCCGACGCCCAGCCACAGGGCCCGCCCCCCGCCUACCCGAGCUCCGCCUCCAGGCUCGGCCUCCAGGUGCCGAUGCUCCCGGACUACCUCCCGCCGCCGCCGCAGGAUGGCGAGCUCGGCCUGAACCAGGAUCAGAAACCAGUGCUGCUGCAGAGCUUGAACCCUCCGCCGCAGCCUCCGCUCACGCCGCUGUCCACCAUCAAAGCCUUCUCCUCGCAGAUCCAGACGCAGCCUCAGAGCUCCGCCUCCGGCCCCGCCUACCAGCUCAGCAAGCCCGCCCGAGGCAGGAAGCUCCCCGCCGGUCGGCAGUGCAAGACGCCGCCGCAUGAGCGUCCGUACGCCUGCCCGGCCGACGGCUGCGACCGCCGCUUCUCCCGCUCAGACGAGCUGACGCGUCACGUGCGCGUUCACACGGGCCAGAAGCCGUUCCAGUGUCGCAUCUGUAUGCGCAGCUUCAGCCGCAGCGACCACCUGACCACACACAUCCGCACGCACACCGGCGAGAAGCCGUUCGCCUGCGCCGAGUGCGGACGCAAGUUCGCCCGCAGCGACGAGCGCAAGAGACACGCCAAGAUCCACCAGAGGCAGCGUGACAGGAAGUCCUCCUCCGCUCCCAUCGCCAUCACCAAACCCCCCGCCUACUCCCCGCCUCCCACCUCCUCUCCCGCCUCCUCAUACUCCUCUUCCUCCUCUUUCUCCUCCUCCCCCGCCGCCUCCUCCUUCCCCUCUUCCUCCUCCUCCUCCUCCUCUUCCUCCUCCUCCUCCUCCUUCUCCUCCCUCAGCGUGCAGGCCGCCUCCUCCUGCUUCACCUCCCCCCCCUCGCUGUCGCAUGUCUACACCUCCUCCCCCUCCCCCCACCUCUACUCCUCCUCCUGCUCCUCUCCGAUGGGGAGUCCUCAGGCGGAGCUGCCGGCCGGCGUCUCCUCCCCCCACAACCUCUGCUGACAGACAGGAAGUCACGACCUUUGACCUCAGAGCGUCUGCUCACACAGACUGUAGCUUUUUACCAGUGACGAGGUCAAAGGUCGCCGUGUUCCUG